AUGGAUGUGAAGAACGCCAUCUUGCAAGGAGAACUUGAAGAUGAAGUGUAUAUGCGGCCACCACCGGGCUUAGAAGACACCAUUGGUCCAGGGAAGGUCUUAAAGCUCAACAAAGCGAUCUAUGGCUUGAAACAGUCUCCAAGGGCAUGGUACCAUAAGCUAAGCACCACUCUCCUUGACAAAGGUUUUCGCAAGUGUGAGGCGGAUCACACUCUAUUCACCUUACCAAGCACCAAAGGUAUAGUAGUCAUUCUAGUGUAUGUUGAUGAUAUCAUCAUCACUGGAAGUGACUCGUUGAAAUACUUUCUUGGGAUAGAAGUUUAUAGAUCAAGUGAAGGACUAUUUUUGUCUCAAAGGAAAUAUGCGCUUGACUUAUUGAGUGACACAGGAAAAUUAGGAUCUAAGGCAGUGGCAACGCCACUUGAAGAGAACUACAAGGCCGGAGGACAGGGGGAGCUUGACAUCGCUCCAUUCAAGGAUGUUAGCCUCUACCGGCGCCUAGUAGGUAAGCUUAUCUACUUAACCAUCACCCGGCCUGACAUUUGUUUUGCUGUGAAUCAGGUGAGCCAGCCUAUGAAGAAUCCUACCGUGUACCACUGGAACAUGCUGACCCGGAUCCUCAAGUACAUCAAAGGUUCACCGGGACAAGGCAUUUGGAUGGGGCGCAACAAGAAUUCCAAACUAGUAGGCUACUACGACGCCGACUAUACCGGAGAUCGUGAAGACCGACGCUCGACAACUGGCUACUGCACGUUCCUUGGUGGUAACCUAGUCACGUGGAAGAGCCAGAAGCAAAAGGUUGUAUCACUCUCAAGUGCCGAAUCCGAAUAUAGAGCCAUGAGGAAGCUUAUGACAGAACUGAUGUGGCUCAAGGGUCUCCUCAAGGACCUUGGAAUCGAGUCAACAAAGCCGAUCACCAUGCACUGUGAUAACGAAGCCGCCAUCCAUAUAGCAACCAAUUCAGUGUUUCACGAGAGAACCAAACAUAUUGAAGUGGAUUGCCAUAAG